UUCGAGGACGAAGAGCAAACUCUUACCAUAAAAGCAGACUAUGUCAUCUCUGCUUUUGGAUCAACUCUUUUGGAUAAGGAUGUAAUUGAAGCAAUGUCUCCUGUGAAAGUGAGCAAGAGAGGUCUUCCUGAAGUAGAUAGGACCAACCAGACGACGAAUGUUCCAUGGGUAUUUGCUGGCGGUGAUGUUGCCGGAGUGGCCGAGACUGCGGUGGAGUCUGUAAACGAUGGAAAGAUAGCAGCAUGGUCAAUUCACAAAUACAUACAGUCAUUGCAUGGAAAUGAUGUCGGCAGCACACCAAAGCUACCGAUGUUCUACACGCCGAUAGAUGAGGUAGAUAUAUCAGUGGAGAUGUGCGGUGUGAAAUUUGAGAAUCCAUUUGGACUGGCUUCAGCUCCACCAGUAACUUCAGGCCCCAUGUGUCGACGAGCUUUUGAGCAAGGCUGGGCAUUUGUGUUGACAAAAACGUUUAGUCUCGAUAAGGAUCUGGUCACACAUGUUUCUCCUCGAAUUGUCAGAGGAUCUACUUCAGGACCUAUCUUUGGCCCUAAUCAGGGAUCCUUCUUGAACAUCGAACUGAUCUCUGAAAAAUCGGCUGCAUACUGGUUACAAUGCAUCAGAGAGUUGAAACAA